AUGGAGUACAAUAGAAACUCCUCCACCACGAGCGGAGGGAACACACCCUCGAUUCCCAUCGGAUCGGAGGGAAAUUUUGCGGGGAUGAAUCCCCAGAUGGCGGGGAUGGGCGGUAUGCCGGCGAUGACUCCCCAAAUGUUCUACAAUAUGUACAUUUGGAUGAGUCAAAUGGGUCAGAUGAUGCCGGGGGCAGCGGGUACGCCGGCAAAUAUGUCGAGGAUGGGUGGGACUGCGGGGAUGGGUGGGACUAUGCCAGGGGCAAUGGGGAUGGGCGGUACGCCGCCAAAUAUGUCGGUGAGUGGGUCGAUGCAGCACAGGAGCCCGAGGAUGCCUAGAGAAUCUGCGAAUUCGGCAUCUGGGGUUGCUGUGGACGACGCGUGCAAGCUGAAGUUUCUGGAGCUCAAGGCAAAACGUUGCUUCAGGUACAUUGUGUUCAAACUUGACGACGGACUCCAGCAAGUGGUGGUGGAGAAGGCCGGGGGCCAAGACGAGACUCACAUCGACCUCAACAACAGCUUGCCUGCUGAUGAUUGCCGGUAUGCUGUGUACGACUACGACUUCACAACUGAUGAGAACUGCCGCAAGAGCAAGAUUUUCUUCAUUGCUUGGUGUCCUGAGACUUCAAAGGUGAGGACCAAGAUGCUUUACGCGAGCUCAAAAGACCGGUUCAAGAGAGAGUUGGAUGGCAUUCAGGUUGAGUUGCAAGCAACUGAUGCAAGUGAGAUGAGCAUGGACAUCUUCAAGGAAAGAGCUUAUUAG